AUGUUAGAGGCUGAUACUUAUAUGCACCAUCUGUAUAAUUCUCUUGGAACAACUUCACCUAUAACUAGAGUGUCGCUUAUGAAUGCUUUCGAGUAUAAUGAGCGGUUAUUGAAGCUCAGUGUUACAUCCCGUUGUUACACAUCGAACUUUUGUAUUAUCGAUGAAAUUCAUCGUCUUCUUCCAGUAUUCAGCACUAUGAAAGGUCGUUCCUUGAAAGUGUGGGAUGAAAUCGAUAAUUUAUUGUUUCAAUUUUCGCCAGCCACUGUACUUAUCUCAUGUUUUGAUAGUCAAAACGAUACAUCUUCUCAAUGUUCUGGAUCGAAACAUCAUAAUUGUUUAGCAGCGCUACCACAAUUGAACUCAUCUGUAGACGCCAGAUGUGAUGAAGUACUGACAAAAGAAUUUGUACAUGUAAUAAUUCGAUCAUCAUAUAUUCAUGAAUUAAGCGGACUUAAUGAAGUAGAACAUGGUUGGUCAAUUCUAUGCAAUCAAAGUAAUUGUAAUUCAAAAGAAGUCUAUACAAAAGUUAUCGAUUUGUCUUAUCAAUUUAUCAAUGUCACAUUCAAAGAUAUGAUUCCAUUAGUCAGCCGAUCUAGUCGAAAUCAAUUCUUUGUAUUAUUAUUCAUUAUUACAUUCCUAAUUUGA